GAAGAAGAAGCCUCAAACUAUGUCGCUUGUGUGUUGGUAUUGAUCUUGUCACGUGUUAAAACGCAAACCGGUCAGUUUUCUAGGGUUGAACCGGUUUAAAGUCAAUCCGGAGUGGAGUCAGUUCACCAUAAAACCACCGCAGCAGCAAAGAAGAGGAAGAAGAAGAACACGAAGAAGAAAAAGUGUCAGUGCUCCGGAAGUGAUCAGAGAGUCUGUAAGCUAACAGUAACAUCGGAUGAACAGGGAUCCACUGGAGACAAGCUGAAGAGCUACAUGUGGCCCAGGAGCCACCAGUUGAACAUCUUUGGAUUAAACUUUAAUCAGACAUUUAAAACAGUGUCAAUAUGAGCAGUCGAGCAGAGAAACAGGUUGAGCAAGAGGAGGAAGACUUCUACGACUGCCACGAGACUUUGGAGCGUCCAGAUCAAAAAGAGGAGGACAAGCAGGGAGACAGGCUGCAGAGCGACAGGGAGGAGGAGCAGGUAGACAGACUACACAAAGUGGAGGAGAGCGACAGGCUGCAGGAGGAGAAGACUGACAGGCUGCAAGAGGAGGAGAGCGACAGGCUGCAAGAGGAGGAGAAGACUGACAGGCUGCAGGAGGAGAAGACUGACAGGCUGCAAGAGGAGGAGAGCGACAGGCUGCAGGAGGAGAACGUCGGGCUGCAUGGCGACAGGCAGCAGGAACAGGAGGGCAAUGGGCCACUUGACGACUCAGACUCAGAACUUAAAGCAGAGUCUGCAGCAGAGGUGGAGUUUGAUGAGGAAUAUCUGAUGGAGAUGGAGAAGGAACUAACAGAGGAGGAGAAGGAGAGUCGACGGCAGGAAAGUUUGACUCUGAAAGAGAAAGGGAACAGUCAGUUUAAGUCUGGAGAAUGGUCAGAUGCGGCGCUCAGCUACACUGAGGCACUGGGUUUAUGUCCACUGUGUUUCAGCAAAGAGCGAUCUGUAUUGUUCUCCAAUAGAGCCGCUGCCCGACUCCACCUGGAUAUGAAGGAGAAGGCCAUUUCAGACUGUUCCAAAGCUAUAGAGUUGAAUCCAGACUAUGUGCGGGCGUUGCUGAGGAGAGCGGAGCUUUAUGAGCAGACAGAGAAGCUGGAUGAGGCUCUGGAGGACUACCAAAAAGUUCUGGAACAUGACCCAAACCACACUGGAGCCAGACAGGCCUGCAUGAGGUUACCUCAGCAGAUCCACGAGAGAAAUGAGAAGCUGAAGGAGGAAAUGAUGAGUAAACUGAAGGACCUGGGGAACAUGUUCCUUCGACCUUUCGGACUCUCCACCUCAAACUUCCAGGUGAAUCAAGACGCCAACACCGGCUCCUACUCCAUCAACUUUGUCCAGAACUCUGGCAAGAGAUGACCUCACUGGUGACAUGUUUCCUGACAGGGUGGGCAUGACUUUAAUGUAACGUAAAGCCUCGCCUCCUGUGUGUAAGGGGUGAGGCCAGGCUUGUUACUAUGGAAACAGAAGUUCAGGUGACUGGAUCAAUAACUGAUCAGUUUGAGUGAUCUGAUAAUGUUAAUAAAAUUUAUGAUUUAUGUCAUGUUUUCUGACAUGUGGAUGUAUUAAUGACCUCUGACCUCUGAGACGCCAAUAAAGAAAUGUGAUCUUCCCUUGUCCUUAUGACUGUGAUUAUCAACAUGUUAACAUCAGGCUAAAACAAAGCUUUUUUUGAUUCAACAAUUGACAAAUCUAAAGGCUGACUAACAAGACUAGACAGGGAAAGUCAGUUGGUAUAACUUUAUGCAAUUCACAUGUAAGUGUCAAUAAUGCAUAUCCUAUACAAGUGUCUGAUAGUGACAGUCUGAUCACUACAGAUCACAGAGCAACACAUUCUCUCAUUCCUGACUUGUCAGUUUGUUGAGUAGUGACACCUUGCUGUCAAUCUUUAAUGCACUGGAUAAUUACUCUUAUAGUGUCAUUUUACAUUAGGUGUAAUACAAUAGUAGCUGCAUGAUUUCCUUCCAGUAAGGUGACAUUCAGAGUUCCACCUCCCUCUGCCCACUUCCUUGAGAGAAAUGUUUUCAUCUUUAAAACUCUUAAAUAUCUGUCUCUUCUGUCUGAGGUAAAAACUUAAAACAUGAUAUUCACCUUAUUGUCUAAAACUCAUAAUGAAAAAUGUUAUAUGUUUACCUUUGUCUUGGUAACUAAGACUGAUUUGCAGAUGCUGCUUGUAGGUAGAGGCCAUGAACUUUUUCUUACACCAGUAGCUUAGCCAACACGAAACUAUUUGUAUUCAGACACAAAGGAAAUAUGUCGGUACGCUACAAAAAAUUUACACCCAUGUGGCUUCUCAGAAAUAGUAUUGUGCAUCCUCCUAUCUGACCAGCAACCAUGUUGUAUAAAACCUUUGUGUGACCUUUUUUUCGACGAGCUAUUCUGUUCAGACUGCUGUGUGUACUCUGUCAGAGUUGCUCCUUCUGCAGAAUAAGACAACACAAAGACAAGUCAACUCCGAUCAGUCAAUUUCUCUUCUCAUCCUAUAUAAAGGAAAAUUCCAUAACAAACUCUAAUGUACAUGUUUGUCUGUUUAGACUCAGUAGCUGCAGUCUUUUGAUUUCCACUGUCACUGAAGGAAGAAAACAUUCAUCUGCUUUGAGUGGUUUUGACAUUAAAAGUGAUGCAGUGU